AUGGCGGAACGAACUUGUGUAGUUGUUGGAGCUGGUGUAGUUGGUCUAGCUAUAACUCGAGCUCUUGCGAGGUGUGCUGCUCUUGAGGUCAUAUGUAUUGAUAAGCAUUCCCGUUUCGGUGAGGAGACCAGUAGCCGUAACAGCGAGGUACUCCAUCAAGGUAUUUACUACAAGAAGGAUUCUCUUAAAGCUAAGACCUGU